CUUUUAUUUUAAAGAACAUUGACGUCCCUCACUUACACGACCUCAGCAGUGUCGGUGAUAGUGUCAACAUGAUUUUGGGAAUUCAUGAAAUGCAUGACUAAAGAUUAACCUUAUUAAGCAAUCUGUCUAAAUGACGAUAAACAGACGGUUCCAGAAAACUCGAAUAAGUUCUACUCAACAGAAAAAGGAAGAUGGGUCAGACUAGAGUUUUUCCUAUUCUUCAUCAUGUUGCUGCUCUUUUUCCUAUACACAGUACAAUGGCUUUAAGACAUUCCCUUUGCAAGCGUACUGUAAAACUGCGCUAUGCUUCCCUCUGCACCCUCCAACAGACGAGAUCUGUUUCAGCAGAGACUGCCAUAAGCCAACACAUUUCAGACUUGACUGACAGGGAGAAAAGACUACUGACCAAGCUUUAUGAUGGACUCAUCGGGGGUCAAAGGGCAGCUCUUGCUGAAUCUAUAACCCUUGUAGAAACCCAGCAUCCAAGGAAGAAAGAGUUAUCCCAGGUUCUGCUUCAAAGAGUGCUGGCAUUCCGUCCGGAGCAGGAGAGACGCAAUGGUGGAAAGCCAGUGGCCUUCAGAGUUGGACUAUCUGGUCCCCCUGGUGCUGGAAAGUCUUCAUUCAUUGAGGUCAUUGGGAAGAUGCUGACAGGAAGAGGACAUAAAGUGUCCGUUCUGGCUGUGGAUCCUUCCUCGUGCACAACUGGAGGUUCACUGAUGGGAGACAAAACACGAAUGACAGAGCUCUCCAGAGACAUGAACGCUUACAUCCGACCAUCUCCCACAUCAGGAACUCUCGGUGGUGUGACCAGAACCACCAACGAAGCCAUAGUCCUCUGUGAGGGUGCAGGCUAUGACAUUGUAUUAGUGGAAACCGUAGGUGUUGGUCAGUCUGAGUUUGCUUUGGCUGACAUGGUGGAUAUGUUUGUGCUGCUGAUCCCACCAGCAGGGGGCGAUGAACUACAGGGAAUCAAAAGAGGAAUUAUUGAGGUGGCUGACUUGGUGGUGGUUACAAAAUCAGAUGGAGAAUUGCUUGUUCCAGCUCGGAAGAUACAGGCAGAAUACACAAGUGCCCUGAAGUUACUUCGAAAGAAGUCCAAAGUCUGGAAACCAAAGGUGGUCCGCAUAUCUUCUCAGACAGGGCAGGGUGUGCCUGAGCUGUGGGAUACCAUGCUACAGUUCCGGGAUGCAAUGCUGAGCAGCGGGGAGCUCCGAGCCCGACGGCAAACUCAGCAGAAGGUGUGGUUGUGGAAUCUGAUCCAGGAGAAUGCUCUACGCCACUUCCAGCAGCAUCCAGCGGUGCGUGCCGAGCUCCCGGAGCUGGAACGAAGGGUCACGUGUGGAGAUAUCUCACCCGGUCUUGCUGCUGACCUCCUUCUGAAAGUCUUCUCCACCAUACCGUGAUGGAAGGCCCUUCCAUGGGAAACUAUAAGCCAAGGCGUAUUAGAAAGGGAAUAAUAGGAAGAUUGAAUCUUACAACCUUCAGUUUCUUACUAUUGUGUUUCACCUGGUUUUAAAGGAUUUUAAUAACUGAUGACAUUUGAUAAUUAUUAUAGGUGAGAUAACCGUUGUUCAUUGUCUCUGUAUUAUCUUGCAAAGUUGGUGAAAUUGUAUUUAAAGAAGAGGAAAUUAAAUGAUUAAUAAUUGUUACACCCCAUGACCUAAAAUCUGUUACUUUUACAGCACUGAACAAUAAAAGAUUAUUUUCUUUUGGCCAA